UCCACACCCUGAUCGAAGUGAGGAACAGAGUGAUCAAUCAGUGACAGCUCGAUCUUUGAUCUUGGCUUCUCACACAAACGUCUUCUUGGCUGAUCGAUCGAUCGAUCAGGACUAGGUGCGUAUGGAGAGCGAGGAGGGGGUCGGGGAUAAUGGUGACCAGCUCGUGCCUCUUCUUGGAGGCGGCGGCGGCGGCGGCGAUGGCGGCGUGGAUGCGGUGCUCCUCCGGCGGCUCUACGUCGGUCACUUCCUCGCCAGAUGGGGCGCGAGGAUGUGGGAGUUCUCGGUCGGGCUCUACAUGAUCCGCGUCAUGCCGGGCUCGCUGCUGCUCACGGCGGUCUACGGCGUCGUCGAGACCUCCGCGGUGGCCGUGCUCGGGCCCAUGGUCGGCGCCGUCGUCGACAGGCUCAGGUACCUGCAGGUGCUGAGGCUGUGGCUGCUCGUGCAGAGCCUGUCCUUCGUCGUCGCCGGCCUCUCCGUGACCGGCCUGCUCGUCUACGGCGGCCUCGCGGCGGCGAGCUUCCCGGCCUUCGUGGCGCUCGUCGUCGUCACCAACGUCUCCGGCGCGCUCGCCGCGCUGUCCACCCUCGCCGGCACCAUACUGAUCGAGCGAGAAUGGGUGGUGGUGAUCGCCGGCGGGCACCCGGCGGCGGUGCUGACGGGGAUCAACUCGGUGAUCCGGCGGAUCGACCUGAGCUGCAAGCUUCUGGCGCCGGUGCUGUCCGGGUUCAUCAUCAGCUUCGUGUCGAUGCAGGCCUCGGCGGCGGCGCUGGCGCUGUGGAACCUCGCCGCCGUGUGGGUGGAGUACUGGCUCUUCGUCUCCGUGUACGCCGGCUUCCCCGCCCUCAGCGAGAGCAGCCAGCUCUCAAGAAGGCGCGCCGCCGACGACAACGAGGCAGCGGUGCAGCCGCGGACGGACCGGACGGCGGCGGCGCUGACGGAGCGCCUGUCGAUCAUACCGUGCUGGGAGUCGUGGGUGGUGUACGCGCGGCAGGAGGUGGUCCUCCCCGGCGUGGCGCUCGCCUUCCUCUACUUCACCGUGCUGAGCUUCGGGACGCUGAUGACGGCGACGCUGGACUGGGAGGGGAUCCCGGCGUACGCGAUCAGCCUCGCCCGCGGGCUCAGCGCCGUCGUGGGCAUCGCGGCGACGUGGGUGUACCCGGCGGCGCACGCGCGGCUGUCCACGCUGCGCACGGGGCUGUGGUCCGUCUGGGCGCAGUGGUGCUGCCUGCUCGCCUGCGUCGCCUCCGUCUGGGCGCCGGCGUCCGCGUGGAUGCUCAUGGCCGGCGUCGCCGCGUCGCGCCUCGGGCUGUGGCUGUUCGACCUCGCCGUGACGCAGCUCAUGCAGGACCACGUCCCGGACCCCGACCGGUGCGUCGUCGGCGGCGUGCAGAACUCGCUGCAGUCCAUGUUCGACCUGCUCACCUACAUCAUGGGCAUCGUCGUCUCCGACCCAAGGGAUUUCGGCGAGCUGAUCGUGCUCUCCUUCUUCCUCGUGACCUGCGCCGCGGUGAUGUACACGCUGCAUGUGUAUCGAGUGAGGAAGCAUCUGUUCCAUUUCGACAGGAUCAUACCCAAGAUGAACUGGAUCAAAGUUUCUUGAAUCUUGAUAUGGGAUCCCAUGACCGGGCAGGAUUCAUCAGUGAUUUUCUCGAGCAAUUUGACACCGAACAAUGUUGGAUACUGUAAAAUUAUCUGUUUUGGCUGAAUCUUCUGCUCCAUCCACCUGGGGCUCGAAGAAUCUCCAUGAAACCUUGCAUGAAUCUCUGUACUCGCUUGAUCCCGUGAUAAUCAAAUGGAUCCCUGUGUAGGACGACGAUUCGAUCCAUUCCAUUCCAUUCUAUUCCACGGUGAUCCGAAAGGGUGGGAAUGUUCCAAAUGGGGCUUAAAGAAUCUGCGUGUGACCUCCUAAGUUGCGUGCCACCAUUUGCAAGUUGCAUAAAACAUGAUCCAUCGUUUCAUUCUCAGAUGUCAUAUGGAGUUAUGGAGGCAUCAUCCCCUCCCCUCACAUGCACCUGCACACUUGGACCAUAUGUUUGUCUGUUUAUAUGUGAUACUUAAAUAUUUGCCACUAAGAUUUCGGGUACCAGUACCACUAGCUGUUUCUUCCUGAUUUAUU